AUGCCGCUGGAAGAAGCCCUUGCAGAGCUAAAUACUUUAGGCCCUACUAAAGACUUUUCGUACAGAAAGCUUGCCAAAAAACACAGUUGUUGUCACACAACAUUAAUCCACAGGUACAAGGGCAAAUGCAUGGUUCUCCACCCACGCAAUAAAGUAGAGGUUGUGCAGUACAUCAAAUCGCUCACAGAGAGACACCUCAUGCCUACAAGAAAGAUUCUUGUCAGAAUAAUCAAGUCGUUGUGCAAGUGGGAGCCCUCUGAUCAAUGGGUCACGCGCUUCCUUUAUUGCUACCCUGACAACCUUCUCACAGCCUGGAGCGCGCCUAUGGAAAAGCAGCGCCACGAAGCUGCUUCAUACGAUUCCUUUCGCUCAUACUUUGAUCUGCUGCACAGUACCAUUGAGCAGCAUUCAAUACAGCCAGAGAACACGUACAAUAUAGAUAAGAAGGGAUUUAUAAUUAGAGUGAUAAGCAAGGGCGUUAGAAUCUUCAAUAAGCAGCUCUUUAGACUCCAGAAAUACAAGCUAGCAUCUCAUGAUGGCAACAGGAAGUGGGUGACAGUGGUAGGAGCAGUAGGAGCUGAUAGUUUUACGUUGCCGCCUGCAGUUAUUUAUCCUUCAUCGUCUCUCUAG